UGAUUGGUUGGUGUCGCCCGCGGCCGCAGGCAGAGAAACUGAGCGCUCCAACACGGCAGUGUCGCGGAGAGCGGCGAGUCUGUGGCUCCCGGCGCACCCGAGCUCCGCAGGCUGCUCGCUGCGUCUCAGGAAAACAGAAAUGGAAGGCCUGCCUGAUACUGCUGCUUUUGCAACUAGACUUAAAAACACUCUCAUCCAGUACCAUAGCAUUGAAGAUGAUAAGUGGCGAGUUGCAAAGAAAAUGAAAGAUGUAACAAUUUGGAGAAAACCUUCAGAAGAAUUUAAUGGUUACCUCUUCAAAGCCCAAGGUGUUAUAGAUGACAUUGUCAACAGUGUAAUAGACCAUAUACGCCCAGGUCCCUGUCGCUUGGAUUGGGACAGCUUAAUGACUUCAAUGGAUAUUGUGGAGCACCUUGAAGAGAACUGCUGUGUGAUGCGUUACACCACUGCUGGUCAGCUUUGGAAUAUAAUCUCCCCAAGAGAGUUUGUUGAUUUCUCCUACACUGUGCGCUAUAAAGAUGGGCUUUUAUCGUGUGGGCUAAGUCUUGACUGGAAUGAAAAGAGACCAGAAUUUGUUCGUGGAUAUAACCAUCCCUGUGGUUGGUUUUGUGUUCCACUUAAAGACAAUCCAAACCAGAGUCUUUUGACUGGCUAUAUUCAGACGGAUCUUCGUGGGAUGAUUCCUCAGUCUGCAGUAGAUACAGCCAUGGCAAGCACUUUAAUCAACUUCUACGGUGAUUUACGAAAAGCCUUACAAAACGCAUGAUAUGCAAAACUUGGAGUACUGUGGUUCCCUGAAUCAACUCUCUUUUUCAGCUGCAUGGCCUCUAAAAACCAUUCUUUUCUCUCUUCUGCGUGCCUGUAGAAAAUUUGAGAUGUUUUUGAUUUAUUUUAUUCCUAAGGUAAAUGGCUAUAUAAGAGAACAUUUUAGUCUUCUCAGUUAUUUGCACAUUGUCUGGUAUGGCAGUGUAUCUAGGAAUGGAGAAUAUGACAGAAAUCCACCAAAAAGUAGAUACAGUUCUUUGAUCCAGACUCUUAAGAAAUUGAACAGUGCCUCAGUAUGAAUAUUUUGGCUGCUUGGAAGUUAGAGAAAGCACAAGCUUUAUGCUUUUUAGGUUAAAAUAAUCUUAUUUUAGAGCUUUAUGAACAUAUUGUAAAAGUUGUAAUGAUUUUGGAAGUUAAAUAUUAGUGCUUUUCUUUUGAUAUGCUCUGUGAGUUUGCCAGUAUCUUGACCUAAAGAAAAAGCUCUUUAUAUUUUAUAAAGAUGAACUUCAUUGUCAACUUGUACUACUUUAAGUAUUAGAAAGAUCAGAAGAAAAAAAUAGAUAUAGUAACUGUAGGUAUAAUACAAAUGCAAUUCAAUUUUGAUACCUACAUAAUAUUAUUUUGUGGGUCUAUUAAGAAUAUAUUUGUAUCUUUAUGUACAUUUAUUAUGGUAGUAUUAAAAAGCAUUGAUGUAUCAAUAAGACAGUACAAAAAACUGCCCAGUAUGUGCUGGGGACACCCCAUGUAUUGGGCAGUUGUCUGGAUUGAGUGAAAUAACUAAUGGUAUUCUGUAUUCACCCCUAUUAAUCAUCAUCUCCCUAGAAAGUCAAAUUCAGUGUUCUAUACAUGUUUCAGUUUUAAAUGUAUCCCUCACCUCAUAAAGUAUUGCUGACUAAAUCAUCAACAUUCACAAUUGUGAUGUAACUUCAGUCGGGAACUAUAACAAAUGCACUCAUAGAGUUAUCCAAAUGCUGAGAUGAGUCAUUUUUAUAACUAGGACGGACUAUAUAAUAGGUUCCUUGAUUCUAUGGCUGCCUUAAAUGAACAUUCCUAAGUGAUGUUAACAUUCCAGAUGAUUCUUUAGCUCUUGAACUAUCCUUUUAACUUUACUUCUUAAAUGAGAACUUGAGGCAACUCAGUGUGUCUGUGCAGACUUUUGUAUGUGUUUAUGUUUGUGUACAUGCACACAUCUUGAAGCCUUUUUCAGUGUUCGGUGUGAUUCAGCCUGAGUCCUUGAUGUGUUCCUGUUCCUACUGUUUCAUUUCUUCUUUCUCUUCUUCUUGGUUACCCUGGGGUUAAGUGAGCUCUGGAAACACUGACGUUGUACACAGGCCACACAGCACCAAAGCAUAUAAUUGUUCAAGUGCAGAGAAUGCUUAUGUUUUAUUGCAGUGUGCUUUCCUGAGUGCAGAGAAAGUGUAAGUCACAGUUCUUCAGACUUAUUUUGAUAGAAUGAAAAAAGUAGAGCUGAUCUUGUUCUUAUUUUUUUUGUUUUGCUCUUGGAGGUAAUGAGGUUCAAAAAAUACCAAAGGUGGCACCACAAUAUCCAUAGCGAGUAACACAGUUUUUUCGGUUGAAAAUAAUUCGUUUCAGGAUUUGACAAGAAGCAAUGCACAAAAGGUGCUAUAUUCUUAACUUCAAGUUUAUUAGUCACCAACAUCCUUUUCUAAAUGACUCUAACUGCUGAGUUGCUGGAUUUCUCUCCUCCUGUUUUUCUUCUUGCAAUAGAGAAAGAAAACUCAGCAGUUCAGCUUCUUUCAGUUUCCCAUAGACAUGUUAAAUGUUAAUUUUUACUUCAUCUGUUCUUUCAUUUGGAUUUGCUAGUGUAGAGUAGGAGAUUUCUUACAUUCCAGUGGUCUGUCUAGGAUGGCAAAAUACCAGCAGAUGUCCAGUCACAAGGGCCAGUUUGGGGAAGGGGUUUGUGACAAGAUUGUAUAUUCCCAUAAGGGCUAUUAUUGCCAGAGCUGGGACCUCUAAAGGCAAGUAAACUGUCCACUUUCCGCUACUGUAAUGUUCCCUUUCUCCUUUUCAACUUAUACUUUCAGCUGGUGAUUAUGUAAUCCACUGCUGAAUGUGGACCCACUGCAGGUAAAGGGACCCUCAUGGGAAGUUUUCAUUACAAUAAUGAGUCAUAUGAUGGAUUGAAAAAUUGUAUUUGAAUUACCUGAAAUUUAUAUGCAGCUCCUAGAUGGAUGGCACAUUGGAUCUGCUGGGGUCUAGCUAUGUACUUCAAAGAAAAAAAAAAGCUAUGAAAUUUCCAUUCUAUACAAUUACCAGCUGUAGGUAUACAGUGCAGUGGUUUUUGAGCUGUGCAGCCAUCAUCACAAUCCAAUUUGAGAACAUUUCAAUCAUGCGAAAAGGUCCCUUUUGCCCGUUUGCAGAUUCUUACCUAACCAAAGUUCAGCACAAUUGACAAUAUACUGAAGAUAAUGAAAAGGAUUAGAAUAGGUUGUGUUUGUGUUUAUUUUUAAGAGCAGAGGUAUGUUUGAGUCCAAGCUCAGGAAUCUUGUGAUAAUGUAUUAAAUAUGUUAUCCACAUAUCAUUACAAAAAUUCAAUGACAUGGGCUGGGAUCGGUGUUGUCAUAUGACUGAGUCUGCUGUUUCAGCAGUGUUGUAGGAUAGAAAAAAUGAUGGGGGCCAUAGAGGUAGUUUUCAAUUUUCUAGCAAUACAGUAAAAAAAACAAAAACAGCUGAAGAUAAUGUUAAUAAUAUAGUUCAUUUAAUUCAAUAGAUCCAAAGUAUUAGCAUUUAAACAAGUAAAAAAAAAUCGUUAAGAUAGCUUACAUUCUUCUUUUGCACUAAUUAUUUGAAAUCUGUAUGCAUUUCACUAAUUUGUGCUAACUGCAUCUUAAGGGCUCAUUAUUCACUUGAGGCCAGUGGCCUGUCCUGAAUAGCACAGUCCUGUAGUAAAUGUAUUAAUUUAUCUUUUUAUAAUAUAAAGGACAGAAUUUCAUAGAAUUACUCUCUUAAAUAUUGUCCUGAUCUCUGGAACCUGCAGCAUUUGCUAAAUGGGGACCUCUGAAUGUAGAAAUAAAUCAGUUAGUAGGUGUCAAUAAAAUAAAAUUAUAGCUAAAGAGUUCUUUAAAGGUAACUAACUUUUCAAAUGACAGUUAUUGAAAUGAAAAAUAAAAUCUGCUUUGAUGUUACGUGGUUGAUUAUUUUCUCUAACUUAUAGCUAGUUUGUAUUAGAAAUGUGUGUAUAUGCAGGAAAUACUUGGCACAGUACUGCCUUCAUAAGUACCUAUUUUUUUAAGGUCAUUAGUUUCAUACAAGAAAAAAAUAAUUUAUCAUAACUGACAUGUUUGCAUGAAAUAUUAGUUUGUCUUGAUAAUUCUUGGUUAAAUUUAACAUAAUACUCAGCAAAAUAAUUAUGGGAAUUUAGUGUUCUGCAGUUAUGUUUGAUAUAAGCUGCUAGAGCAUUAAAGAGAGAUUGUAAAUGUUAAAAAUCUCUUAAUUUCACUCUUCACUGAGGUUGGAUGUAUUUGAAAUUGUAGAUUUUUAUGUGUAAAAUUUUCUCUGAGUUAAAAAACUUUUUCUCUCUUCCUCUUUCACAUUUUAUCACUCAGGUUGAAUUAAAUUAACAUCUCAAGCUAAAAAUCAUGUAAUCGAGGUUGCCUCUGGAGAAGAGAAAAAAAUACUGCACAGUUUAGAUCCUUAAUUGUCUAUUAAGCUUUUAGAUAUGAAUAAUUCUCUUUGAUGUAGAUAAAAGCUUUAUCUGUUACUGAGGAGCACACUAGCAUCCUUCGAAUCAGUUGUUAAAAAAAUCCAAUUUUUAAAAAUUAAGUGAAUACUGUUGCUAUUCCAACUCCAUGGGUAUAUCAGUGUAAUUCAGAGAAGUUAAGGGACUUGACUAGUUUUCCAUUAGAAGGUGUCUCAUGUAAUUAUUUGUCUGAUGUAUCUCCUAUGCCUUUCAGCUUCCAGAAUUAGGGUAUUGUAGGAUCUGAGCAUAGAAACAUUUGAUUAAUCCCAGAGCACAGGAAUUUGGGAUUAUAAUUUUUCAUUAUUUUAUUGUUUCCAAAGAUUUUACAUGUAUAGGUAAAUAAAAAUUCAUCUGCAAUUCAAUAAAAGGUCUACUAAAUAUAGAUUUUAUUUUUAAGAAGUUUAUAAUUCUUUUAUGGGCCAGUAUGUAAAACCAGAACCUUUAUUAAACUAAGAGCAUGUAUUAAUAUAAAUAAAAUGUCUAUUUAUUUUUAAA